GGACACGAUCAUCCCCCUUACUACUGGCUGGGGACCACAGCUUCAAUGCUGAGGACACUCUGUCGUCCAAAUGGACGCACAACGUGGCGUGGCCGACGUGGUCUCGGUACGAGAUAAACAUCAGUCAACAUCCGUCCAGCUUGGCCUGCAAACAGUCCUCUGCCGCGGUCAUGGGCGCUCUCUCAAGACUCUCAUCACGAUCGGCCUCGGCCUCAUCCUCCUCACACAACUGCUCCAGCAGAAACAUGGAUUUGCCCACGCGAAAGUAUUGAGACAGCGGGCCCAGGGGUCGCCCCGCCACUACCUGCCCGGCUGGAUCGACAGGGCUGACCAGGACGUUGCUGAUUACGACACCUGCCGCAAGAAACUACGGCAUCCAAACUGGUCCCCGUUGACGGACGAGUGGGAUUGUGAGAGGCUGUAUUUUCCCCUCAGGCCCAUGAUCCACACCGUCCGAGAAGUCAAGGCUCAGCUUUUAUUCGAGCUCAUCGCGCCAAAUCGGUACAUUGAUAGUGAGAACAACACCGCUAACAUCACUCUCACUGGCGGGCCGGAAGAUGAGAACUUCGCAAGGAGCUUCAUCGAGGAAGAGCUCCUGAUCCACGACAACAUGGACGAUCUGAUUCUGGUUCUGAAAGAUAUGCGCAAGCGGCGAUCAUGGGACACGCAGUCCGAAAUCUACCCAUGGAUCCGCGAUAUACGAGACCUCUGGGGGAGCUGCUGCAAAAAUAUAUGCGACUCGAUGUGGUAUAAAUGUGACCGCCCAUUAACAGAUUAUCCUAGGCAACAAUGGAGCUACCUCGAAUACCAACGGCUCAAGUACACGGGCAUAUACAACGAGACCGGCAUGGCCCUGGUCACACGCCGCAGCCAGCGCGUCGCCAACAACCUCGACGAACUCGUCACCGCCUUCCGCGCACAGCCGCCCGUGUGGUCGACGCUCCCAGCAACAAUGAAAAUCUGCCCGUCGCCAGACCUUGCGCACCUGCGCGACAGGCGCAUCCUGGCACUGCUGGGACAGGUCUGCCACAAGUAUGAAGUAGCCGACCAACACCGUUCAUGCAGCGGCCACGAUGUCGACAAAAUUGACCACCAGGGAUCAACGCCAGACUGCUUUUAUCAUGGGGCAGCUGGCCCCGUCAUAUUUCGGCAACUUGUGGCGCCUCAAGGGGUCGAGGUCAGUCCGUAUUUCCGAGCCUGGGUAAUGGCUGAUCCUCAAGGGGAUGUCAUGGGUACUUUGUCUUAUUGGGAGCGCACUAGCGGGCGGCCGGUAGAGACUGACCCGGUGUUAUUGCUGACGGCGUCUUGAAAGAGCGCAUGGCUCUACCCCUGCGUCCAUGGGCAAAAAGGCGUGGCAGACUACUAGGCGUCUGGCCAAGAUAUCGCCGAAGCACAAACAAGAAUUGCUUGCAUUCGCUAUUCACGAGCCCCUGGAUGUCCAAGAACAUGUUCAUGCGGCAUUUGAUGUGGAGACCUAAGGAGUUGCGAAAAGCUCGGAUCAUGAUAUUUGCCAGCCUGUAGGGGGUAGCUCCCAAAUGUGUCCUCGACCCUGCUCAACCACUUUCCACGGCCUUUAUGCAGAAGUGAUAGACUACAAUGGUAUGCAAGAGCCGAUCACUCUGCAGGACGUCCU